UGUCUGCUGUCUGGUAGGAGGGCAUUGUCUGUGUCUUUUUCCCUAUCACACUCACUUACACACACACACACACACAUACCCUCGCUCUCUCUCUCUCCCGUCUCUGUGGUUUGUAAGGUAGGUUGCAGAGUGUGUGUGUGUGUGUGUGUGUGUGUGUGUAUAUACACAACAUCAAGAUCAGGAAAAUGGAAUCAUUAGACAGGCAGCCAGUCAUUACCACUUACACUCUAGUUCCAGGGAGACUUGGAUUAUGAGAAGAGAAAACUCUCAGCUCUGGGGGACAAGGAUUUAAGAGUUCAUAGCUGAUUCCAUUGAUUCUGCAUGAAGAACCUUUGUUAGAACUUGGCCCGCUCCGCUCUCGCCCCGGAUCUGAAGACAAGACUGCCUGGAGUCCCACUUCCAUGCUGAAAUCACUGCACCUUAACAAAACACAAAGAUAAAGCUGCUUCGCCGUCUGCACUGGUUCCAGGCCCGGACACUCUACUAUACUGGACCCAAUAAGGACGGGAUACAUUGUGGGAAUCACUGGGCCCCAGCUUAGCCAUGGUUUGGUGGAUCCCACCAGGGCCCUCGAGUCACAGUGAGUGCCGGCUGCCAUAGCAGGGACCCCCAGCGUGACCUAUGUUGAUGAUUCAGGGUGAGGACUUAGUGAGGACCCCCCGCCGUGCUCCCCAGCACAGAGACCUGCUGCAUUAAAGAGCUCCCAUGCUGCUUCUUUCCUAUCCCUUCCCAAAUGAUUGUCUGCACUAAACCUGAGACUUGGAGUGACUUACCUGAAGAGUGACACCGCAGAACUACUGAAGAAACGCAGGACAGCUGAAAAGCAGAAGGCGUCUGUGGAGAAUGAGAUUAGUCAGUGGAGAGGAGGCAGUGCCAAGCCAGGCCGUCCCUGCCAGAACUUUGUAGCUCUUCAAUUCCGGUGCCCAGUCUUAUCCACUCAACACAUACAGACAUCAAGCAACCAAUCAGCACGCGUCGCCUGAUAGUGACAUCAGUUGCAAGGGGAUGACAGAGCGCAUUCACAGCAUCAACCUCCACAACUUCAGCAAUUCCGUGCUCGAGACCCUCAACGAGCAGCGCAACCGUGGCCACUUCUGUGACGUGACGGUCCGAAUCCACGGAAGCAUGUUGCGGGCCCACCGCUGCGUGCUGGCCGCUGGCAGUCCAUUUUUCCAGGACAAGCUGCUACUUGGAUACAGCGACAUCGAGAUACCCUCGGUGGUAUCGGUUCAUGCGGUGCAGAAGCUCAUUGACUUCAUGUACAGCGGGGUGCUGAGGGUUUCCCAGUCGGAGGCACUGCAGAUCUUGACAGCUGCCAGUAUUCUGCAGAUAAAAACAGUCAUCGACGAAUGCACGCGAAUUGUCUCACAAAAUGUUGGAGGAAUAUACCCCCUUUUACAGGACUCUGGUCAAGAGACACCCAGGGGAACCCCUGAAUCAGGCACCUCUGGGCAGAGCAGCGACACAGACUCAAACUACCUUCAGAGCCAUCGUCAGCAUAGCGUUGACCGAAUCUACUCGGCUCUGUAUACAUGUUCCAUGCAGAAUGGCAGUGGGGAGCAUUCCUUCUAUAGUGGAGCUCUGGUAAGCCAUGAGACUGCCUUGGGGCUACCUAGGCAAAACCAUGCGGAGGAACCAAGCUGGAUCACGCGCAUUCACCAACGAUCCCAGAGAAUGGAGAGGUACCUCGCUACAACUCCCGAGACCACCCACUGCCGUAAGCAGCCUCGCCCUGUUCGUAUUCAAACACUAAUGGGCAACAUUCACAUCAAGCAGGAGGUGGAGGAUGAUUAUGACUACUAUGGGCAACAGAGAACGCAAGCCCUAGAAAGGAAUGAGUCAGAAGAGUGCACUGAAGACACUGAUCAAGCAGAAGGCACUGAGAGUGGACCCAAAGGCGAAAGUUUUGACUCUGGAGUAAGCUCAUCCAUUGGCACAGAGCCUGACUCCAUAGAGCAACAGUACAUGCCCAUCCUCAGCCGAGAGGGUCAGCAAGAGCCUUCACAAGCAGAGUCCGCUGAAGGCAAUGAAAAUUUAAACCAACGGCACUUAGACACCAGCCCUUCCUCCCCCGAGAGGAACAACACCCUGGAUACGAACAGCACAGUGCUCAGAGUUAGCAAUAGCACUGAAAAGGGGGUCUUACAGACUUCAGUUUCCCAGUCCAUAGCGCAGGCAAUGCCAAAUACCCAACUCUACCUACGUCAGACAGAAACACUCACCAGCAAUCUGAGAAUGCCGCUGACCCUGACUAGUAACACUCAGGUCAUUGGCACAGCGGGCAACACUUAUCUCCCUACCCUUUUCACAACCCAAGCAGCUGGCAGUGGGCACAAGCCUUUCCUUUUCAGUCUGCCCCAACCUUUAGCUGGUCAGCAAACCCAGUUUGUGACAGUACCCCAAGCUGGCGUGUCUUCAUUUGCUGGCCAAUAUCAGAACACAUCCCAAACAAGUCACAGCACAUCAAGUGCACAAGGAGAAAAAAAGCCUUAUGAAUGCACUCAAUGUAGCAAAACCUUUACCGCCAAACAGAAUUACGUGAAGCACAUGUUUGUACAUACAGGUGAAAAACCGCACCAGUGCAGCAUCUGUUGGCGCUCGUUUUCCUUGAAGGAUUACUUAAUCAAACACAUGGUAACGCACACCGGCGUGAGGGCCUACCAGUGCAGCAUCUGCAACAAGCGCUUCACCCAGAAGAGUUCUCUCAAUGUGCACAUGCGCCUUCACAGGGGAGAAAAGUCCUACGAGUGUUACAUCUGCAAGAAGAAAUUCUCCCACAAAACCCUGCUAGAAAGGCAUGUGGCCCUCCAUAGUGCUACCAACGGCACUGCCAUCCUCCCAAUCACCGCUCCACCCACAGGCUCAGUUCUACCCCCAGGUUUAGCUCAGCCUCUUGGCUUGGCUCCUGUCUCUGGUUCCACUCCUGGCCAGGGAUUGCCUCCAACCUCCAACAUGGCUCCAACCCCUGUCUUGCCCACGGCUCAAGUAUUGCCGACGGCUCCAGUCCUGGCACCUGCUCCAGUCUUGGCUCCUGCUCCAGUCUUGGCACCUGCUCCAGUCUUAGCACCUGCUCCAGCCUUGGUACAAGCUCCAGUCUUGGUCUCUGCCUUAGCACCAACCCCAAACCCGGUUCAUCCCCUCACGCCUUCCCCGACACCUGGCCCUGUUCUGGCCCCACGGCCUGGGCCUCCAAAUGGCGGAGCCAUGGCGGGUGCUGAGGGCACGACGUACGUUUGCUCAGUCUGUCCAACUAAGUUUGACCAAAUGGAGCAGUUUAACGACCACAUGAGAAUGCACGUUUCAGAUGGAUAAAUAUCGUCCAUUCUUACGAACAAAAAAAAAAGCUAUGGCACUAGAAUUUAAGGUUUUUGUUUUCAGUUUCU